GUGGAGCUGCCCCAGCUCGCCGGGGACGACACAGCGCUGAACGGGAUCCGGCUGCUCUGCUCCGACGACAGCACGAUCCAGUCCAAUGUGGGGCCGUGGGGCUUGUGGGGCCUAGUGAAGAAAUGCCCCUCGGGGCAGCGGCUGACCCAGUUCCGGCUGCGGGUGGAGCCCUGCCAGGGCCUCAAGGACGACACGGCCGCCAACAACAUCGAGUUCGUCUGCACGGGCGGGGCAGAGCUGAGGGGGGACGGGCGGUGUUGGGGCAAGUGGGGCCCCCAGAGCCGCUCCUGCGGCCCGCGGGGCAUCUGCACCAUCGCCACCAAGGUGGAGGCCCCCCAGGGCAAAGGGGACGACACGGCCCUGAACGACGUCUACUUCAAAUGCUGCAGUUUGUCUGGUG